AUGCGGGCCCAAAGCAAUCCUGACACGAUUCGAACCAAUGUCAAACGACACGAGUCAAAACGACUUCGAGUGCUGAGUGUCAACUUAGAUGGCUUAACUACAGUCGUCUAUGAUACACUUGCCAAUUGGAUGCAGACUGCUCCCUACGACGUGCUGUUGCUGCAAGAGACACAUCGCGGCUUCGGGGCGGAGCAGGCGGAGUGGAAGAUGGGACAGUGGACCAUGAUUAGUUCGCCGGAUCCUAAAACACGAUUUGCAGGCGUUGCCAUUGCCAUUCGAACCACCAUUGUCGCCCACUUCACGGCCAGAUGCUUGCCGGUCAUCCCAGGACGGCUGCUACAUGUUCGGUUGAGUGGUGACACUUAUAGUAUUGACCUUUUGUCCUGCUACCAACACGUGAUUUCCAGUCGAGAGCAGCGGCACAUCAAUGCCUCCAAGCGGGAGCAGUUCUGGACCAAGCUUGGAAGCUACACUGCUUCACUGCCACAAAGGAAUCUCUUGAUAGUGGCACAGCUGGGGGAUGAUUUCGUCGGCUAUGCUCAGGCCAACAGUCUUUGCUUUCUCAACACAUGGAGCCGGGGUGGACAGCAGGACAUGAACACGUUCAUCAAUGGUAGCAGCAAAAGCCAAAUUGAUUACAUCUUGACAAGACGUUUUCAGGCUGACUCACUUGCCAGACGAGCCAGACCGGUGGCAGGACUGGAUUUUUCUCCAUGGAGGCUAGGAGCCAAGCAUCGCCCGGUGGAGACCUCCUUACCUCUCAAGCCAGGCUGGGCAGGAGCGAGGCAAAAACCUCAGAUUUCUCAGCCAUACGAUAAGCAGCAACUGGAGCUAUCCCUGCACUUGGCAGACUCCAAGGCCGACAUGCUGCGAGAUCGAGUGGAGCAAGUACGCACUUCUCUGGGCGAGAUGUGGAGGCAAGUGCUUUGGGCUUUCCGAGCCUAUGCUGCUUUCCAGCGGAGCUACCGAGAGGUCCGACGUCGGGGGCUCUGGCAUCGCAAGCAGAGGCUGCAUCAACAGUUGGAAUUGGCCCGACAGGCUGAGACCAGCAAGGACACCAGACUUCUGUAUCAGGUGGUCCGAGAAAUUGCCCCGAAAAUGCAGGGAGGUCGGGUUCGCAUUCGUUCGGUUGCAGGUGAAGUUCUGACGGCUGAGGAGGAGCAUGCCGAAAUCUCGGAGUACUUCAGGAAGCUAUUCAGUCUAAUACCACAUGAAAUUGAACCCCUCCCUAGGCUGGAACCGUUGAUUCUGGAGAUUCAAGAGCUCUACUCUUCGCUGGGUAAACUGGGCAAAGGCAUGGCCGUGCCUCGACUUCAUGCGCGUUCCUCUGUUUGGCGCUUCUGCAGGCAACAGCUCUGUGGGCCUCUUCUGGAAGCUUUUCACAGUGAGACGGCAGCUGGCUAUCCGGGGCGAUGGGCGGAUUGUAAUUUGGCUCUGAUACCUAAGCCGGGGAAAACUAUAAAAAGACCGGAAUCACUUAGACCAUUGGGUAUUCAAGAUGCGGCUGGUAAGGCCAUAGCUCAGGUGCUCAAGGAGAGACUUUUCCUACAGGUGCGGGAUACACUCGAGCAAUUUCCUCAGUACGCAUACCUGAGCAAUCGAUCCGCCCAAGACGCCAUACAGAGGGUGACAGAGCAUUGCAGUUUAAUACGGAGCAGAGUGGUGCAGGACAGGCACAACAUCUACAACAAAAAGUCCGGAAAAACCCGGUCCAAAUACGUGGGUGGAGCUCAAUUGGCGCUAGACAUGACCACUGCUUUCGACCGGCUUCCACGAGCUGCUCUUAAAGAAGCUUUGGAAUGGGCCAAUGUUGAACCCAGCCUCGUCUCCAUAAUUUUGGAACUGCACUGCGCUUGUCGGUACAGAAUUGAACACGAAGGACUGGUCUCUUAUGUGGACAUGUCUAAUGGGGUCCGUCAGGGAUGUACUUUAGCUCCCCUUUUGUGGGCUCUUUUCAGCGCUUUCCUGCUACAUAAGAUCGAAGUGAAACUGGAGUCUGCAUGGCCUAGAGAAUCGAUGACUCUGUACGCAGACGACACGCACUGUGCGUGGAAUCUGGCCAGUGCAAAGGACUUAUCCUUUUUCAUCCAAAGUGCCGUCGCUGUAUUGGAAGUGUAUCAGGAGUAUGGCAUGAAGGUCAACACUGAAAAAUCAGCACUUAUCAUUCGAUUGGCGGGCACACAUGGUGCUAAAUGGUUGAAGCGGCACAUUGAGGUGAUUGAGGGAAAGCCCCAUUUUCUCUUGGCUAGUGGCCUGCGAGUUUUUCGGGUGCCGGUUGUGCAGAAGGUGAAGUACCUAGGCAUCAUCAUCUCCUACAAGAACUACGAAACGGAGGUGGCAGCCUGCUUUCAACACAUGCAGGAGAUGGAGGUAGAUGCAGCCUUGGGAAAGAGGGAGGCUACAGCUCUGGCGGAGAACACAGCCGAGAAGGACGGGGAGCCUCAACCGAAACACCCUCGCCCACUUUCCAAGGGACAGGGCGGACAGGGGAAAGGAGGCAAAGCUGCCAACCCGGAACCAUCGGCUCCUUCUUCGGGACAUCCAAAUCGGGAGGCGACCACCAGCGACCCGAAAAAGGCAGGCCAGGACGAUCCACUCACAGCAGCGGCAGCGGCCUUCGGCCAGACCGGGCAACAGGCUCGAAGCCAGGGCAGACAGCAGCAACAGCAGCAGGGCUGGAGGAACAGCCAAGGACAGCGACGCGGAUGGAGCUCCUACCAAUGGGGAGGACAACGGAAAACAAAGGAGGAGCAAGCUUGGGAGGACAAUCUCAGACUCCUAGCUCGCCUUUGCUUACGACACGAGGACGAGCUGUCCCAGACUCGGGUGGAAAGGGACUUUGUCCUGACCAUGGAGACUCAGGAAGCGGCGGUUCUGACCAAGCUGUAUCGCUUGGCACAGGCAUGGCGAGUGAAGAAGGACAAGCAGGAGGUGACCUGCUCCCUUCGGGUAUGCCUCUUUAUGGGGCUACUGCAAGUGUGGCUGGAGAGGAUGAGAGCCUUGGAGGUCCCGGGAGACGAGGCGGAGGCACUCCGGAAGAGCAUUGUGGACAAGGGCUAUGCACAAAUGCCGGAGGGCACAACGGAGCUGCAAUGGCUGUAUCUCCGCUGGAAUUCAACCACCAAGGCGUUGGAGAAGGUGCCGGAUGCGGAGCCAAUGUUCCAAAGUCAGGUGGUGACCAUGCUGGUUCAGCUGCAGGCCACCCGGGAGGCGCCAAACGCCCUGCUUCGAUUCCGCUCCACGAGGAGGAUGGCAGAGGAGUAUGCAGGGGAGACAGUCACCUUCCUGCUGACAGUGGGACAUCGGGACCCCAUGGCAGCUCAGGCUUGGGGAAUGCUCACGAAUCUGUGCGGGAAUGGUGCGGGCAAGGUCAUCGGGCUCAAGAUGAAGCCGGCAAAGAUGGAUCGACAGCCCCUUGCCAAGGUCGUAGCGGAACGUUUUCCGCCACCGCCUCCGGCCAAUCGCGCCUCGAGCUCGCAGCAGGGACGGGACGAGCCGACCCAGCACCACGAGCCGGAGCAGGAACUCCAUUGA